GCAAGUAAUUGAAUCUAAAUCGCAUAACAUGGAAGUUAUGCAGAAACAACAAACACAAUUGAUUCGCUUAUUACUUUUAAUAAAAGAAAUAGCAACAAAAAGCCAAGCAAGAAAAACGACAAUACAAACUUUAUCAGUUGAGAGAGUCAAAAAAAUUGCAAAUUUGACGGAUGAACAGACAUUCAAAAAAAAGUACCCUAAUUUUAAGCCUUUAGCCGAUGAUAUAAAAUUAAGGAAGGAAAUAAAGGAUAUGGUGAAUACAGCAUUAUUGGCCAAUGAUAAAAGUUUUACAAAAGUACAACGCAGGAUAGCGCAGAUGGAAUACCAACUUGUCGAGUCUUUGUUGGCUGGACAAUUAUCAAAUGAUUUAACAUUAGAUAUAAUGAAAAACUUAGAAAAACGCACGAUUAAAGUUACUUGGAAGAUGUAUGAUGAAUGCCAAGAAUUUUUAAAAGCGUGGGGAAUUCCGUGCAUAACAUCAGAAGGGUACGAAGCAGAGGCAUUAUGCGCAUCAUUGACAACACACGGCUUAGCCGACGCAUCAGUGUCAGACGAUACGGAUACCAUAUUAUAUGGGGAUGGACCAGUUGUAAGACAAUUUUUGACUAAACAAAAUCCGAUUCAGGAAGUUUCACCGGUCAAAAUUCGAGAAUUACUUAAUCUUUCACGUGAUGAAUUUAUCGAUCUAUGCAUUUUAUGCGGAACGGAUUUUUCCGGAACAAUCCGAGGGAUUGGACCCGUAAAAGCAUUAGAAAUGAUUAGGAGUCAUGGGACGAUAGAAAAUAUCAUACCAAAUCUUGACUCAUAUAAUACGUAUGAGUCAGAUUUUAUGGAAGAAGUUAAAAGUGCAAGAAGAAUUUUCAAAAAUCCACCAACUAUUUCCUUAAAAUACAAAAAAAUUUUGAAAGAAAGGGAGGAAAAUGUAGAAUUUCCAAAAUUAUUGACCAAAUUUCAAAUCGAUACUACUAGUAAUAGCCAUUAUACGAAAGGGUGA